AACUCAGCCCCUACACCAGCAGCCAGGAGCUGCCUACGAGGAGGGACGAAGGCUGGCCAGGCCUCCACUCUAGACAGGAAGUCUAGUCUAGAGUCUAUAUGGUCCCAGCCAGGACUAUAUAGCCAUUUGGGAGGGAGAACUCUAUGUUCUUCCCGGCAAAAACGUGUGGGCCUGGCCGGCCACGCUUCGCUUUGGAGGGGUGCAGGUUCCAUUUCUUCCAAGAAGGGUGAGCCUGCCUUUUGUCUCUGGUGUAAAUGCCACUUUUCCCAGAGACCUUGACCAAGCUGGGUAGUGCAUUAAAGAUGAGAACCCCAAAUCAGGAACAAAGAUAACGUGGGGUGCCGAGGCUCAGGCAGCAUGACGACGGAGACCUUUGUGAAGGAUAUCAAGCCUGGGCUCAAGAAUCUGAACCUUAUCUUCAUUGUGCUGGAGACAGGCCGAGUGACCAAGACAAAGGACGGGCAUGAGGUUCGGACCUGCAAAGUGGCGGACAAAACAGGCAGCAUCAAUAUCUCUGUCUGGGACGAUGUUGGCAAUCUGAUCCAGCCUGGGGACAUUAUCCGGCUCACCAAAGGGUACGCUUCAGUUUUCAAAGGUUGUCUGACACUAUAUACUGGCCGUGGGGGUGAUCUGCAGAAGAUUGGAGAAUUCUGUAUGGUUUAUUCUGAGGUUCCUAACUUCAGUGAGCCAAACCCAGAGUAUAGCACCCAGCAGGCACCCAACAAGGCGGUGCAGAACGACAGCAACCCUUCAGCUUCCCAGCCUACCACUGGACCCUCUGCUGCCUCUCCAGCCUCUGAGAACCAGAAUGGGAAUGGACUGAGUGCCCCACCAGGUCCCGGUGGUGGCCCACAUCCCCCUCAUACUCCCUCCCACCCACCCAGCACCCGAAUCACUCGAAGCCAGCCCAACCACACACCUGCAGGCCCGCCUGGCCCUUCCAGCAACCCUGUUAGUAACGGCAAAGAAACCCGGAGGAGCAGCAAGAGAUAGCAUGACAUUCUUUCUUCCUGCCACCAACCACAUCCCAAGUGUCUCCUGGAGAGCAAGAUAGCCUUCCACUGAUUGGCUGGUGUAGCAGUAUUUUAGCCACUGAACUUCAGUGGAGGGUGGUGAGCAGUGUCCUUAUCCACCCUAAUCUCAUACUCCCUCAUUGUCCAGCUGAACUACCUGUCCCCUGGGAGUCAGGACCCUCUGCCUGCUCUCUUUCCUCUUUAGAAAUGGCAGUUACUGGCUGGGCGCAGUGGCUCACGCUUGUAAUCCCAGCACUUUGGGAAGCCGAGGUGGGCAGAUCCCCUGAGGUCGGGAGUUCAAGACCAGCCUGACCAACAUGGAGAAACCCUGUCUCUACUAAAAAUACAGAAUUAGCCAGGCAUGGUGGCGUAUGCCUGUAAUCCCAGCUACUUAGGAGGCUGAGGCAGGAGAAUCUCUUGAAACCGGGAGGCGGAGGUUGAGGUGAGCCGAAAUUGCACCAUUGCACUCCAGCCUGGGCAAUAAGAGCGAAACUCCAUCUCAAAAGAAAGAAAGAAUGAAAGAAAGAAAGAAAUGGCAGUUACCAUCUGUUUCUUCUGUGUGAGACAUGGGAGUCUAACUGAAGUCUCUCCUUCCUAAUAAAUGUUACCACUCUA